CCGCCUGGUCUUCACGCAGGGCACCCUUCCUCGCUCAGUUCUUGCUCAAAUGUCCCCUCAUCAAGGAGGGCUUUGUUAGCUACCCUUAGCUAUGGGAUCCGUCCUCCAGCCAUUUCACUUCGUUAGGCUGUAACUUCUAGGCGUACCUGGUUUCUAUGUGUUUUGUGCUCUCCUGUCAGGGCAGCGGCCCUAUCUUGCUUGCCACUGAAUCCCUAGCACCUAGCAAGUUGCUUUUCUGGUAGUAGCAGCUACCGCAGUGGCCAUUGCGGCAGACUAGUCAGAGGUGAAGGGCCAAAGACUUGGCGGUGGAGGGGACUGGGGCAGAGGCACUGGAGGGACAAAAAUGAUGAGAAACUGAAGCCUGUCUUUGCUACUGUGGACCUCGGGCAGGCCAUUCUGGGAUUGGCAAUGCUCCGCAAGCUGGGCUGGCUGGUUUCCUACAGCCUGGUUGUGCUGCUGCUGGGCUGCCUGCUCUUCCUGAGGAAGGAGGCCAAGCCCAUGGGAGACCCCACAGCUCGCCAGCCUUUCUGGGCUCCUUCAGCGCCCUGCCAUAGCCGAUGUCCACCCAACCACACAGUGGCUAGUGCCUCUUUGUCCUUGCCUAGCCGUCACCGCCUCUUCUUGACCUAUCGCCACUGCCGAAAUUUCUCUAUCUUGCUGGAGCCUUCAGGCUGUUCCAAGGACACCUUCUUGCUCCUGGCCAUCAAGUCACAACCUGGACAUGUGGAGCGGCGGGCGGCUAUCCGCAGCACAUGGGGCAGGGCUAGGGGCCAGCAGCUGAAGCUGAUAUUCCUCCUAGGAGUGGCAGGACCCCCUCCCCCAGCACAGCUGCUGGCCUAUGAGAGUAGAGAGUUUGACGACAUCCUCCAGUGGGACUUCACUGAGGACUUCUUCAACCUGACACUCAAGGAGCUGCACCUGCAGCGCUGGGUGGCGGCUGCCUGCCCCCAGGCCCGCUUCAUGCUAAAGGGAGAUGAUGAUGUCUUUGUCCACGUCCCCAAUGUGCUAGAGUUCCUGGAUGGCUGGGACCCGGCCCAGGACCUCCUGGUGGGAGAUGUCAUCCGCCAAGCCCUGCCCAACAGGAACACUAAGGUCAAAUACUUCAUCCCACCCUCAAUGUACAGAGCCAGCCACUACCCACCCUAUGCCGGUGGGGGAGGAUAUGUCAUGUCCAGAGCUACUGUGCAGCGCCUCCAGGCCGCCAUGGAAGAGGCUGAACUCUUCCCAAUCGAUGAUGUCUUUGUAGGUAUGUGCCUGAAGAGGCUAGGGCUGAGCCCCACGCAUCAUGCUGGCUUCAAGACAUUUGGAAUCCGGCGGCCCCUGGACCCCUUAGACCCCUGCCUGUAUAGGGGACUCCUGCUGGUGCACCGCCUGAGCCCCCUCGAGAUGUGGACCAUGUGGGCACUGGUGACAGAUGAGGGGCUCAAGUGUGUGGCUGCCCCCAUACCCUGGCGCUGAGGGGUGGGUUGGGCAACAGCUGGAGAGUGGACUCUUGAUUUUCUAUCAUGAUGAGAAAUUGAUCCCUGCUCGUCUACAGGAAAUGCCGACUUGAGUUUUUGUAACCCCCUCACCGUGUUAGCUCUAAUUAAAAACACUGCAACCUGGC